AUGAACAUGGAGAAACAAUGUAGGUUUAGAAAGGAUAGGGUUAAAGAGGUUCUGGUUGUACAGCUUUUUCGUGAAGAUGAUUCUCCUCUCUUCUUUCUCAACCACGCCGCCGUCUCCACCUCCAACUCACCUUUUCCGAUUCACCACAUCACCAUGCACAACCGUAUCAUAUCUCUUCACCUCAACUCUCUUCGUUCUCUCUCGUGCUUCAGACGCAAUCUCAUCUCAGAUUUCGCCUCAUUAUCGCCUCACGAUCAUGCUCUGCUCCAAUCUUUCGGUUCGUCUCAACAACAAAAUGGAAUUUAUGCUAAAGAAGUGAGUAAAGCAAGACUUACCUACCAGAAUACAAGUUCAAUGCUUCUUCAAAUUCGAUGCGGACGAAGGAGAAAUCUCUAG